AACAGCCAAUUACAUGGGUUCGGCAAAAUGGCAAACAAAAUCAUGAAGUACCAAAUAGACAUUGUAUAGUGGUCCUAUCGUCCUGCUGAACUCUCUGUCUUUCCAAAUCCUUCAAAUCCCUGUACAAUGGCAUUUCACAUCCCAAAAUCCAUCCCUUCUUCACCAACUCCCUGCACAUUUCCCCAUCCUUCAUUCUUGCCUCACAAUCUUCAUUACUCUCACUAUUACUACCGCACCAGAUUCACUCCCAUUUCCCGCCGCAAGCUCCUCCGACCACAGCUGCAUAUUUCCAACAGUUCCAAAAGCGCGAACUCCAUUUCCGACGAGGAUAGUAAGAACAAUAGGCAGGAUAGUGUUGAAUAUGUGGAGGUGUUCGGAAUCGGGAGUAGGAAGGAUGCCAUCCUCGAUUUUUGCUUGAAUUCUCCAUUUCUUUCCCCAGCUCUGCGUUUCUGGAAUAUUGUUGUGAAGGAUUCCACAAAGGUUCAAUUGCAACAAAGGCUUUCCAACCAAGAUAUAAAUCCAUUAGUGGAGGCUCCAGCCCAAUUGCGGCAAUGUUCAAAAGCGGUUAUACUUGUGGCUAGUGCUGCUUAUGGCACUGAGGAUACUGUUGCUCUUGAGAUUCUUGGGACAACAAAGUCUGAGAAUGGUUUAGUUGUUGGCAUUAUUUUGAGACCUUUCAGCUUUGAAGGACAGAGACGCCAAGCGGAGGUGAAUCAUUUGGUGGGCAAACUUCAAGAGCAUGCAAACUUUUACAUUGUGAUUGACACUGAUGCACUUCUAGAAAAGGAUUUGGUGACUUUGGAUGAAGCUUUAAAGACUUCGAACGACGCGGUUUUAAUGGCCAUAAAUGCCAUAACCAUUCUCAUAGCUGAAAAGAAUCUAAAGCUUCAAGAGGUGGCACGUAAUGAUGCUAAAGAAGUUAAAGUUCAAGAACUUCAAAGGAUUUUUGAGGCCUGCCGUGAAGCGAAAAUUGGAUUUGGAAAUGGUUUUAAUAUCAAGACUUCAGUUCUCAGGGCUGUUUUUGACUGCCCCUUCCUUGGUGUAGGCGUAAAGGAUUCCAGUGGCACAAUCAUCUGCAUUCUUGCAAGCUCAGGUGUCAUCAGUAACAAUGAUGCUGGUGCCAUUUUCCAAAGUGUUCGUCUAACUACUGAGUGCAAGGGGGAAAUUAUAAUGUCUAUAGUCCAUGACUCCAAACUCGAGUCCAAUUUAAUUAGAACUACAAUAAUAGCAUUUGGUUGUACUGGACAUCAAUCCACUAAGAAGAUGGGAUUUUUAUCAAGACUGGCCCAACAGUUUCCUUUCAUCUUCAAUAUCUUGAAGAACCAAUCACCAGAACCUCAGAGAACCACUGAAGCCAAUUUAUCCGAGCCUCAGCAUUUUUCUGGAGUGACAUUUUCUCAAGAGCAUGAUUAUAUGCUAGAUAAAGGUUCCCUUGAUGAUACUUCUGAUGCUUCAAGUGCCUACAGAAGAGAAGUUGAACCAUCGUUUAAUAGUAGUGAUAGAGAUUCAUCUUCUUUAAGUUUUCUUUCCAGGAACUACAAUCUCUCUCAUGAACAAGUUGGUGUUGAAUUUGCUGAUUCUGACUCAUUUUCUCUUGCAAACAUGCCAGAUGCUGAAGGAGCGCCUACUUUUAGGGAGGAGCUGCUUAUUAGAUACCGGCUGGGGGCAGAUGAUCAGAAGACACAAGAGUGGACCCAAGAGUUGGCUGGAGAUACAGAAACCACUCUAACAGUUGAUAGUGUCAGCGUCUUCAGACUUCCUGUUGGUGUUAAACAUUUGGAACAGGCAGAUGAAUAUCCGGCACACGCUAAGCAUCUGAAAAGAUGGACAAGGGAGGACAGCAGGAAAGCUCAGGUUGAUACUGCUACAAGUGUGUCUCGGGAUGCGAUGGGUGACAGGGGCUUCGAAGCUACAAUAAACUUCAAUAAUUUCUCAAAAACUAGAAAAGGAAAUUCGACCAAUGAUUCCAAUAAGCCAGGAGUUCUUUCCAAUCGGGCAGCAUCAAUGCUGGUAAAAUCCAAUGACUUAUAGCAGUUUAACAUACUU